ACUCAAGGCAGCUUCUCGACUGACAAGGUUCUCUUCUUCAGUUUUAAGAUCACUGAGACCAUGUCCAAAGGCAAAGGCAAGGAAGUUGAGCCUACGGUGCUCCUCCCACCAAUGUCCAAUCCUUCUGCUGGCAGCGCCAACCCUUCUGCAUCUCUAUCCUCACUCUGGGGAUAUCUACUCCCAGCACUAAACCACAUCGUCCGCUCGCCCUCAAACUCAACAGAAAAAGCGCCCGUCAUCGACGUUUCAUAUCAUAUGGGCAUACACACAGCAACGUACAACUAUUUUACGAUGCAAGUCGAAGCUGUCAGCACCAACAAGGAGCGCGAGAGACUUACACCGAGCGGGACGGAUUUAUAUGAACAUAUCGACAAGUACUAUGCGGAAGUCGCUCGGGAGCUAUUACUCGGAGCUCCAGAGGAUGAUUCGUCGCUGAUCCAUUACAUCGUCCCGUGUUUCAACCGCUACGCCGCUGGCGCACACUCCGUGAACCGUCUCCUCAAUUAUGUGAACCGACACUAUGUGAAACGCGCCGUUGACGAGGACAGAGGCUGGCUCACUUUGAACGAUAUUUUUGAUGCUGUUGCGAAAGCUAUACAGGAUGGGGAUACGAAGGAGAAGAUUGCGAGUAAGCUGAAGGAGAGGCGGACGGAGGAGUUGAAGAAGUGGGGGUGGGAUGAAGGGGGGACGAGCGAGCAGCUUGCGCAGGCUGAAUCAUGUGCGGAAGCGGCGAGCCCGCUUGACCGUGUCAUACCCCUUUCUGCGCUGGCGCUGCGACGAUUUAGAACGGAAUUUAUGGAGCCUUUGUUGGCUGUCCCAAAAUUGAAGGGGAACAGGAGGAAAAAGCCCGGGGCUCGUGCAAACGGGAACGCGUCCAAUUUACCCAAGGGGCGCCUUGCGAGAGCUGUUAAGGAGUUGCUAGAAAAGCAAGAUGUGGAUGUGGAGGAGAGAAAACGACUGGUGACAGAACUUGCAAAUGCACUGCGUGUUACUGGCGUGCGUGAUGGACAUCCUCUACGGAAGAAGGUGGAGAAGUAUUUGAUGACGGGAAAUGUAUAGUAGCUUGAUCUCAAACAGGUGGACUUGGAUCACGACAGGAAAUGAGACGAU